GGUGGAGGGGAUGAGAAACAUAACCUGUACGCGGACCUGUCUUGCCGUUUCGAUUUUCAAAAUGGCGUGCCGAGCGUGAUAGGCCAGGCGAGGAGACUCGCCACGCGUUGUCAUCGUCGCGGUCGUCGUCGCGACAUCCGGUAUUAUUCUGUUGUGAUCGUUAACAUCGUUAAGUUGCGAGCACGUGUACGGUGCAGCUCGCGCGAAGUUGUUCCUGAAGAAAGUUGGAGAAGUAAUGCCAUCGCUCGCGCGCACGGCGUAGGACGUAGGGAAAUCAUUUCUUCCUCUCGUUUCUCUUUUUCUUCUUUUUUUUACCCUCUUUUUUUCGUUUUCCGUACCUUGAUGGAGAUCCCGAUGGAGAUCUCGAUGGAAAUCUUCCUGACGGCGUUCUCCGUGGUAUUCAGUCUAUUAAUAGUGUUCCUCCUUGUUGUGAUAGGUAAGCACUCGUAUCAGGGCGCUGGUGCCUUGAUCACGACGUCCCGACAUAAUUACGUCAUCAGCGGGGAAAUAAAAAAACACGCGGGUUUGGCGGCACAAGUUUCUUGUUUUGUGCGUUUAACGAGCGCAGAUUGCGUGCUGGUACUGUAAAACGCGAACGUGCAUAGACACCUAACUGCGAUCUAGCAUUUUCUAAAUUUAGUGCAACACUCAUACACAACUCACGUUGUUUUUUUGUUGGUACUUAGUUUGGACGUUCUUCCUAUCACGAUUCCGUUUUGUGAGAGAACUAACUGGAAAUGGAAUGAGCGAGUCGUCAUCAGUUAACGAUUUGAAGAACGGUCGCGCACGCAUAAAGAAACUUCGCCGUGACUAAAUACCAGACAAUAAAAAUUGGAGUAUUAUCAAUAAUUCAAGCUCAACAAUUGUGUGAAGCAAAAAUAAUUUUGGAUACCUCUUGACAGAAUAUAUCCGAUCAAAAUGUCCGUGAACAUACGUUGUGCUACUACGGAAGACUUGCUGAAUAUACAGCAUUGCAAUUUGCAAUGCUUACCUGAGAAUUACCAAAUGAAAUAUUAUCUCUACCAUGCUCUCUCAUGGCCACAAUUGAGUUACGUAGCAGAAGACGAGAAGGGAAGGAUAGUUGGAUACGUACUUGCCAAGAUGGAGGAAGAUUGCGAGGAUAAUCCCCACGGACACAUUACCAGUCUGGCUGUGAAACGCUCCCACAGAAGACUGGGCAUCGCGCAGAAGCUGAUGAAUCAGGCCUCACGGGCGAUGGUGGAGUGCUUCGGAGCAAAAUACGUUUCGUUGCAUGUGCGUAGAAGUAAUCGUGCAGCUCUCAACUUAUAUACAAGUAGCUUACAGUUCGAGGUAUCGGAAGUAGAGCCAAAAUAUUACGCAGACGGCGAAGACGCUUAUGCUAUGAAACGAGAUCUCACCAGCUUCCAUCAUGAGAAGGCUCUUCGAGAUAGAGCGCACAAAGAAGGCAACGUUCACACGCAUCUAGGCAGAUGCUGCGGCGAUCACUCUUAGUCCGUUCAUCAUAACCGGAUUAAUACUUAAGUCGUUCGAUGAUGAGAAUAAAUGUGCUGCAUAUCUUUUGCAAGAAAUGACUGGAGAUGUCUGGAAAUGUCUGGAGACUGUAUGUCUACAAGAUGAAACUAAUUAUGAAUACUUUGUUACUUCUUGCACGGAGCAAGAACUUCUAUUUAUCAGAGUUUGACCUGGUACAUGAAGUAAAAAUAUUUUAUAUGCGGCUGGUGGAUAAAAGUUGUUAAAGUUUGCACAAUGGAGUAAGAUUGGACUUUUGGGGCUGUUGUAUCUUUCAGUUCAAUUUCAAUAAGCAAUGUAAAACUUAUAAAUUGACUUAUAAAUACAUAAGAAAUAAAGGAUUUUGGGCAGUCUA